CUGUGGGCGGCGGCUCCUCCUGCAGCCGGCCCCGUGCAGCGCCGCAGCCGAGCCGAGCCGGUCGCUAGCCAUGGCUUACGAGGAGCAGGUCCGCUCGCUGGCGGACACCGUGCAGCUCUACCGGAAGGACCCGAGCGGCUGGCGGAGCUGUAAGCGCACGAAUGAAGUUUCAAUUUAUUGGAGACCAUCAACUGAGUUUUCUGGCAACAUAUACAAAGGAGAUGGAAUAGUCUCUGCGAGUCCUGAGGCUGUCUGGGAGUGCUUAAAACCAGAAGCUGGUGGACUUAGAACAAAGUGGGACCAAAAUGUGAAGGACUUUGAGCUGAUUGAAACUAUUAGUGAUACUAUCUCUAUAUGCAGAACUCUUACCCCAUCAGCCUUCAUGAAGAUUAUUUCUCCAAGAGAUUUUGUAGAUGUGGUGCUAAUUAAGCAGUAUGAAGACGGGACUAUAGCAUCUGCUGCAACCAAUGUGGAACAUGCACUCUGUCCUCCCCAACCAAGAUACGUGAGAGGGUUUAAUUAUCCCUGUGGUUGUUUCUGUAUACCUGUUCCAGGGGAACCAGGCAAGACCCAAGUCCUCGCUUUCUUUCAGACUGAUCUUGGUGGCUAUCUUCCCCAGACUGUAGUGGACUCAUUCUUUCCGAGCAGCAUGGCUGGAUUUUACAGCAAUCUGACCAAAGCGGUAAAGACAGUGAAAACUUGAGAGGCAUUUUCUCAAAGGAAAUCCGAGUCUCAUUGCUGGGACUUAGAAGGGAGGGUAAGAAAGGCUAUUAUUGGUGGCAUAACAGAUUAGAUUAAGAUAAAAAUGGAAGAAAUGAUGGGAUCAGAAACUGACCUACAAUGCCUUUCUAACAAUAUAGAUAUGUAGGACAGUUGAAGUGGGAACAAAGUCGCAGUCCAUUUUUAAUAUAGGAUUUAUUAUUUUUGUACCUGCCUUUCUGUUUAAAAAUGCACUACCUUGUGAUACUGUAUUUUUGUAACUAUUAAAAUAAGUGACAUUAUUUCAGCAACUAACAGUAUUCUAGAGGAAGUUCUGCUGCCCCCUCCUGGAGGAGAAGCCACACUUCAGGCCUGUUGAUGAUCAUACUUCAUCAGUGUAAACCAGGUUACUCCUGAGGGA